UGAACUACCAUAUUGAACCUAACUUCCGGUCUUUCCGGUCUUAGUAAAUUGACGAGGCGCUGAGGGGGUGUGUUCAAAGAUUUAAAUCCCUCACAGAUGAGCGGUUGAUGAACCGUGGUGCUGGUAGCGCCAUAUUGGCUGCCUUUUAAGGGGAGAGGAGAGUUUGGCCGAACCGCUUAACAAACCCAACCGGUCUCCAGACAUGAAGCCGUUCAGAAACAUCCUCUAAAUCGGUACCGCCUGAUUUUUCGUCUGGUAGGGAGUCAAACUGCAAAGUUGCUUACAUUUUUCUUUAAAUCGUUUCUGCUGGGGGAGCUUUUCACUGAACUAGAGUCCAAUGGAUAACGGAACGGCUUGGAUCCAGCCGGAGCAGAAGGGACUGGCCAAUUAUUCCAUGUGGAUGCAGCUUUGGGAGACCUCACACGCUAAUGCUGGCCUCCAGCCUCACCACCAGCGCAACUUUGCGGUACAAAACACCAACUUGGACUCUUACGGCGAGAGCUACAGGCAUUUAGCUCCAACACCUGGGACUGCGUUUGGGAAGCUGCCGCGGGCAGACGGCGGCGGAGAGAGGGGAAGUGUCCGGAGGAAGGGCUCGUUGUCGCCGUCCUCUUCCUCUCUGGACUCGGAGGCCGACAGCUCCUCUCCCCACGGCUCUUUGCUUCAAAUUGACAAUUUGAACGCCGCAGACGAGGCCGAGCAGUUUUUACACAACGGUGAGCAGAAGGUGAAGGAGAACAACCUCCGACAGCCUCUUCAUGUUCAGCAGCACUGUCGCAGCAAGCAGCCGCCCGGCGGCCACACCCCCACCGGGAUGAAGAACCAGCAGCAGCAGCACUAUCAGCCCCAUCACUCCGGCCGCAGGAGGCAGCUGAACAGGGCCAACACUUUCCACGGCUUCAACCCGCUCCUCUCCUACUGCUUCAAUGGCCUGGACUCUUCCUACAGCCUGUGGAAAACCAGGCGAUACAGCCCGGGCGUUAAUGGUCUGCAUGAGGAAAUAAUGGACUUCUUCAGCUUCAUGUCACCCAGACCUGAAGAGGAGGCCAUGAGAAGGGAUGUUGUGAACAGAAUUGAAAGUGUCAUCAAGGAUUUGUGGCCCACUGCUCGGGUGGAAAUCUUUGGCAGCUUCAGCACAGGACUAUAUCUUCCUACAAGUGACAUCGAUCUAGUUGUGUUUGGGAAGUGGGAUCAUCCCCCAUUGCAGGAUCUGGAGCAAGCCCUGAAGAAACACAAUGUGGCUGGCAGCUAUCCAAUCAAAGUCCUCGACAAAGCUUCUGUUCCAAUCAUUAAACUCACCGAUCAUGAGACCAAAGUGAAAGUUGACAUCAGCUUCAAUGUGGAGACUGCUGUGAAAGCUGCCCAGUUCAUUAAAAGCUACCUUAAGAGAUACACUGUUCUUCCACCAUUGAUCUUCGUCCUGAAGCAGUUUCUGUUGCAGAGAGAUCUAAAUGAAGUCUUUACUGGAGGCAUCAGCUCAUAUAGCCUUAUACUAAUGGCUAUCAGCUUCUUGCAGUUACACCCUAGGAUUGACACACGGCGCUCCAACAUAAACCUGGGCAUUCUGCUGAUAGAGUUCUUUGAGCUUUAUGGUCGCGAUUUUAACUACAUGAAAACGGGAAUCCGGGUGAGAAAUGGAGGAGCUUACCUGUCCAAAGAAGAGAUGCUGAAAGCCAUGGGCCAUGGAAACCGGCCCUCCAUGCUCUGCAUAGAGGAUCCUGUACAGCCAGGAAACGAUGUUGGAAGGAGUUCAUAUGGAGUCCUGCAAGUCAAGCAGGUCUUUGAUUUUGCAUAUCUUGUUUUAAGCCAUGGUUUAUCUCCUCUUUGUGCAUAUCCAAACAGAGAGUAUGACAGCACUUUAGGACGGAUCGUUAAAGUCAGCCCAGAGGUGUUGGCCUACAGGGAAUGGAUAAUCAAGACGUGGGGUGCCAAACAGAGUGCCAAGCUGGAAAACAAUGAUGUGGAGACCUGUGAGCAGGAGCUUUCUAGAAUGAUGCUGAUUGAGGAUCAAAGGGAUUCCCCGUCUCCCCUGAGCUCAGACUCCCCUUCUCCAGUGUUUCCUCCAAGCCCGCAACAUCAUUCCUCGUCUUCCUCAGCUUGCUCACUUUCUUCAUCUUCCUCUGGAAGCGACAUUGAGUCUGACUCUCCAAAAAGUAGCAAUGGUUCUAUCCAGCUCCACCCGCUAAACUUGGCUUUAAUCCAGAUGGCUGCAGACCCAGGGGCCACACAUCCAGCAAGCUUUAUCCACGCUCCACAUCAGAUCUCUCUUCCAGAAAACUUUACCAUCCUGCCGUCCGAUAGCCAGUUCUACCACGAGAACCCUCCUUCUAUUAACAUUGUGCACCGUCACACAGCACAAGCUCCACAAUUCCCCCGGCAUUCUAAGCCUGCCAGCCCUCUCCUUACACAUCUCCACCACUCUCAGGUUGGAGGGCUGCUGCGCCACCCGUACGCCCAGAGAUCUUAUUCCCAAGGCUCACUGGAGCCCCACAAGUUUGGCUCCAAGCACAACCAAGUUGGUAGCUUCCAGUGCCAUAAUCCCUCUCAAGGCAACUUGGGUCUGCAGCACCGGUUUGUUUACCAGACGCACAUGGUGUCAUGUUUCAAAAACCAGCAGCAGCAGUACAACCGUAAGGCUUGGCGACGCAGGAAGAAAGACAUUAGUCCCACUUUGAACCAGAGCCAAUGAAAGACGUCAGCGGUAGCACAUGUUCUGUUGCUAAGAGGUAUUUAAAGCGAACAUACAAUGAUGGAAGGCUUUUCCCAUGGCUUACUAGGACCAUGUAAAAAAAAUAAUAAAACCUCACCAUGCUCAUAUUGUUCUAUCAGUCUGAAACAAUGCCCCUUUCACCAGCAUAAACUCAGUUGAUGAAUUGGUGAUUACCAGACUGGGGCUGCCCUCAGCAGUCUCCUCUCCAAAUUAGAGCUAAAGUAAGUAUAUAAUGUCCAUGGAGCCUAAACAUCGUGUGCCAUAGUAUUGUGGUUCAUCAAGCCUGACGCUUCUUGAACUUUUAAUUCUUAAUGAGCCUUUUUCAUCAUUAGGUUUCGCUCUUCUGAAUGUUUCUCCCUCUUUUGUUCCAAUUCCUUUUCAGAGCUCUUAAGCGUUCUGCAUAUCUACAAAUUUUACUCUGGACUUGAGCAAAGCACUACACUUUUUCUUCUACCUAUGCAGCGCAAUGCUGACAAUGUUACUAAUGUGACGGCACAAAACUGACAUUGUCUUAAGUGCUAACACUGUGAGGACUGGUUUGAAUGUACACUUUUGUGUGUCUGUGUCAUAAAUUUAUUUUCUCAUUUUAGACUCACCAGGAUUUUUAACAUGUUUUGUUUUUUUCCACAUUGGUUUAAUUGUUCUUUUCUAUGCUGCAGACUGUAGCACCUUAUUUUAUUUCUUUCUUUUUUUCCAACAUGUGCAAUAUUUACUGGAUUUUAUUUAAUUUAUUUCACAUUUUAUUUGAUUCUUUGUUUUGGUCUUUUUAAGCCUGUAUUGAUGUGUGCAAUAGAGGGGUUAAGGGCCUAGUGAAAUGUGUGUGUUUGUGUGUGAAUGUGUGUGUGAGAGGCCUUCCAGCAGGGGGCGAUACGGUAGAACGUGCCAUAAACCCUUGACUUAAACAUUUUCCCACUUGAAUUUUCUGCACGAACACUUGAAUUUUGCCAACUGCCUAUCCAAAAAGUUUUUCCACAACCAAUUUUUCUUUGAAACAUAUUACUAUAUAGCCAGUUAUAUUUAUCAGAGCUAAAACCAUCUUCAGCCAUGUUUACAUCUUGUGUAACUUCAGAAAUAGUUGGUGCUAUUUUAUACCAGCAAUGUGCUUGUUUUCUGCCUUAUAGAUGCUCUGAUUCUGUUGAAGCAGGAGGUUAACUGCCUUCUUAACUGACCAGAUCUGUUUUGUUUGUUUUUUGUUUUUUUUAACUGUGUAGCCAGAGCUUUCUUUAUACAUUUUGUAAGCACUGCCAGGGUUACAUUGCUUUUAUUUAUUACACCUUUAGGUGCCAGCUCCUGCAGUCUAAAAUGUCUGUAUGACAUUUUUUUUCUUAUUUUUCUAGAGCAGUCAGAAAAAGGUCUUAAAAUUCUCUUCUCAUAGUUACAUUAAUUUUACAAGGCCAGUGUAAUCUAAGAUGUUUUGGUCAAGCCACAACAAAAACCUGAGGGCUUGUUUUCAAAAGUUAAACCCUGGUCCUAUGGAGCAAACCCCAAAUGGAUUUUCUUUUCAUUAUUUCUUAGGUUGUUUUCUUUUUUUUUUUUUUUCUUUUUUUUUCAGAGCUGCCUUUUAAUACAUUAUCUAAGAUGCGACAUCAUACCAAAUUCCCACAUCAGAGUAUGAAGAUUGGCUGUAAUGUGUAAAUUUGCAUUUCAAUGUAUCUUUUUUUUUUAUGCAAGUUUUUCUAU